UAUUCGGGCAGCAGUGAGCUGGUGGCGGGCGGGAGAGCUGCCAGGCUGACGGAGAGGCCGGCCAGAGUGGGGGCCGUUCCGCUGCCGCCGCCGCUGCCGCCGCCGCUGUGAUGCGAAGCCCGAGCUGCGCCGGGCGGUGGAGUCAGAGCUGGGGCGCGGGAGCACCAGCUGCAACAUCAGCACCAGCGGCGGUGGCGGCGGCGGCGGCGGCACCUGCAGCAGCUCCCGGGCCCCGCGCUUUGAUCUACGCCCCGCGGCGCCGGGAGCCGCCGCCCCGCGCUCUCUAUGGAUGUCAAGGCGGCCCCCAACGGGGUAGCCACCAUCGAGGACCGGAUCCUGCGGAUUACUGGCUACUAUGGCUAUUACCCUGGUUACUCCAGCCAGAAAAGUACCUCCAGAUCAUCAGUUACCCGAUGCAAACCAGGAUCCAACUGCCCCACUUCACACAGCAGCAUCAGCAGGCAACUGUCCCCUCUAUCUGUCACUGAAGAUUCUUCUGCUCCUAUUCUUGAACUUCAGAGCCGAGGAUCCUCUGGAGUUUGUGGACUCAGAGUUGAGAGACAGAGCAGGUCAGGGGAUGAUGGGGCACAGACUCAUCCUGAGAGCAGCAGCCAAGAAAACAGACUCAAGGCUCGCUGCCUGUCCUGCACGUCUGUGGUUCUGAAGGCCGUCUGGGGACUGUUGAUCAUCCUGUCAGUUUCGUCGUCUUGGGUUGGAACCACGCAAAUUGUGAAAAUUACUUACAAGAAUUUUUACUGUCCCUUUUUCAUGACCUGGUUUUCAACCAACUGGAACAUCAUGUUUUUCCCAGUCUAUUAUUCUGGCCAUCUAGCCACAGCUCAAGAAAAGCAGUCACCAAUGAAAAAAUUCAGGGAAUGCAGUCGGAUUUUCGGUGAAGAUGGCCUGACACUCAAGCUCUUUCUUAAAAGAACUGCUCCUUUUUCUAUUCUGUGGACUUUGACAAAUUACCUGUAUUUACUGGCUUUAAAGAAGCUGACGGCCACUGACGUCUCUGCUCUGUUCUGUUGCAACAAAGCCUUUGUCUUCUUGCUGUCCUGGAUUGUGCUGAAGGACAGGUUCAUGGGAGUGCGGAUAGUUGCCGCAAUCAUGGCAAUUACUGGCAUUGUCAUGAUGGCUUAUGCAGACAAUUUCCACGCUGAUUCCAUCAUAGGUGUGGCGUUUGCAGUGGGCUCGGCCUCUACAUCUGCAUUAUAUAAGGUUCUGUUUAAGAUGUUUCUUGGAAGUGCCAACUUGGGUGAAGCCGCACACUUCAUCUCCACCUUGGCUUUCUUCAAUUUGAUCUUCAUCUCCUUCACCCCCAUCAUCCUGUAUUUCACCAAGGUGGAGCACUGGUCCUCCUUUGCAGCUCUGCCCUGGGGCUGUCUCUGUGGGAUGGCUGGGCUGUGGCUGGCAUUCAACAUCCUCGUGAACGUUGGAGUAGUGCUGACAUACCCAAUCCUCAUCUCCAUUGGGACAGUGCUCAGCGUCCCUGGAAACGCAGCCGUGGAUCUCCUGAAGCAGGAGGUGAUAUUCAACGUGGUCCGCCUGGCUGCCACCAUCAUCAUCUGUGUCGGGUUUCUUCUGAUGCUGCUGCCUGAGGAGUGGGAUGAAAUCACUCUGAGAUUUAUCAACAGCCUGAAGGAGAAGAAGAGCGAGGAGCACGUGGAGGACCUGGCAGAUGUCAGCGUGCACCUGCGGAGCAGGAGCAGGGUCAACGGCACUGUGUCCAUACCACUGGCUUAAAAGGACAUGACGUUUGGAUGCACCUGUGUGUAUAUUCUGUGAAUAUAACAUUUUCUCACUACCUGUACACUCAAUUGACAGUAUCAACUCUGAAUUUGAAUAAACCAUAUGUGAAAUAUUGCCAACAAUAAAAGUUUACAUUUAUAUGCAUAUCAAGGAACUGAUGUAAAUAAUCAUAAUAAAUUUUUUAUUAAAACAUA